AUGGAAUUCAUGCUUACAGACACCGAACUUCGGCUGGACACCGAACGAAACGAGAAAUACCAAGGGACAGCCAAGAUUGAUCUUGAUCGUAUCAGUUUUCACCCAAAUCUUUCGCGGCCAAUAGAGCAGAGAAAUAUUGACCGGCUCUGUGAAAUCUUCCGACAAGAAGGUUGCCGCCGAUUAAAGGUGCAAAACCAUAUUACUGCUGUUGUGUCUAGGGAGUCUCUACAGGCCGCACUUCGUGCUGCGCGAAAGACGCCUGAAGACCUACUCGCUACGGAUCCCAAAAAAUUCUCCCAUCUACGAUUCUCUACCGGUCAGGUACUCUGUCUUCAUGGACAACAUCGCAUCCAAGCUGGCGCUGAAGUUCUUCCAGAAGGUGAUCGGUGGUGGACCGUUGAUAUCUAUCUGGACGACAUCAGCCCGACGCUUCGUACAUCGCUUGUUGAAGAAUACACCAACGAACAACAACCGAGCGACGGAGAAAUAUACCGCAAAAUUAACCAAUAUCAACGAGAGGAUAAUGCUCACUUUCAAGAGCGGUGGUGGGCCAGACUGUCGGGCACUAAGGCUAAACGCCUUCGUGCACUUCGCAAAAAUAUCCAGCUCAGCACUGCGUUCAACGCCCUGCUACCGAUUCCCGGGAUUUGGGGUGGGAUGAGCAUUGGAAACCUUCCCAAGGUGUUGGCUCUCAAGUGCGACGAGGAGAUUGUGCAUUAUCUAACAAUGCAUGUGAAGAAAUUCUGGGUUUCCCUCGUCAGUGCUGAUGCUCACCACCCGGAUCGCGCGGCCAUGAUGAAGAUCGAUGCACACACGGUAGAGAAGUUGGAAUUGAUGGCCCCCGGAAUAUCCCGCCAAGAUGCAAGAACCGUAAAAGGCUGGGUACUCAGCGGUGAGGUUUUGAGAGCCUUUAGUGAGACCGAACGAAAUCGCAUGGCGGAGAAAUUAGAACGGUUUGACGGUAUUAUUCCAUCUCUUCAUACCUUUUUCAAGGAUGUGACCUACCUAGAGAAGUGUGCCCAUGCGGUGAAGCAACUGUUUCCACUCUCUCUGAAUUACGCAACUAUACAGAAAGCUAUGAGUUAUCAUCGUGCACCGACCGAUUCUGAAGGAUGCCUCAUCCAGACUUCCGAGUCCGGCUUUGAGCGUCGUCCAGGCAGGCGUGCAGACUACCUCGAGGUUGCCUGUCGACAGAUUUGGCUGUAUGCCAUGCGUCACUAUCCACAACUGGCCAAAGAAACCGAGAAUGAUGAUCUUUUGGCGAAACCAGAAAAUGAAAAACCCGACGGGGCUGUGGUCUACGAGAUGGCGAUUCUCGCACAGAAGCUGGGUUUCAAGUCUACCGCUAUCGACAAGAUCAUUAACGGAUCUCCCGAUUGGCAGAUCGCACGGGAUUGCUUGCUCAAAGCUCGGAAGCCCGACUGCUAUGAGUUUACCGCCGACGACUUUGACACGUCCAUCCGCGGCAUUGUCGAGUUCUUUUCCAAGGCUAGACUGCGCACCCAUCCAUUGCCUCCCGGUCCCCUCGUCCAUCUCCCCGCGGACCAGAAAGGUCGUUGUGGACUGCCGUCCAAGGGCGCGCAGAAACAAGACCGCAGGUUCCUUUUCCUCGAUCACUUGCACCAAUCUGCCGCUGCGCCCACGGAGAAACUAUCGACGAUGGCGGUCCGUCGAUGCGUAUAUUUCGCCUUUUUCGGAAAGCCCGUCUCCCGUUUACCCAAUCCCGCCAUCGAUCCUCUGUCUCCUGGACCCGCUCCUUCCAGCACUCCCAUGUCGCCCUUGUUUUUCUCCGAUCAUGAGCCUCUUGGAGGAUCUAGCCCGGAUAUUGACAUGCCAUUGGCGCAUGAGCCCGAGGAGGCUGGAGGACCCCAAACGGAAGGAACACAAAGAGCCGCUGAGCAGAGUCGUCAGCAAGAGGCAGAGCGAGAGAAUUCCCGGAGAGAGGCUGAAGAACGAGCUGCUGCCGCCGCUGCUGAGCAGCAGCGUUUACAUCAAGAGGCGGCAGAAAGGGCUGUGGUUGCUGAACAAGUACGUCUUCGGCAGGAAGCCGACGCCAAUGCCAUCACCGAAGCUGAAGCACGAGAAAGAGCCGCGGCCGAGAACGCGCGUCUCCAGAGAGAAGCAGAGGCACAAGCUGCAGCAGUUGCUGAACAGGAGCGCCUGCAACGAGACGCGGAAGCCGCAGAGCAAUCUCGUUUGCAGAGAGAAGCAGUGGAACAAGCGGCUCAACAGGAACGCCUCCGACGAGAAGAGCAGGAACGGGAAGCCAUCGCCGCCGAACAAGAACGUUUACAUCGAGAGGCUGAAGAAAGAGCUGCACGAGAACGAGCGGAGCAAGCAGCGAUCGCCGAGCAGGCCCGUCAACAGAGGGAGGCUGAAGAGCAAGCGGUCGAGCAAGAGCGUCUCCAACGAGAAGAAGAACGGGAAGCGGCCGCCGCUGAACAAGAACGGCUGUAUCAAGAAGCCAUGGCUGCUGAGCACUCCCGCCUCCAGAGCGAAGUCGCACCAGCUGCCGAGCCGGAAGAACCUCCAGCCGAUGAGGAUGAGUGGAUUUCACGAGAGAGAGCGGCCGCUUUGGCCCAAUUGGAACCGGAUGGGCCCAAUAUCCAUGUGCCACCAGAAACCCAGCCUUCUGAGACAUCACGACCGGACCCCCCGCUUGACUUGCCAGGAUUGAUUGCUCAAUUACGGAAACGAUCCAGCCUGGGAGACGAUGCAAGCAUCCUUCCCGACCGUGAGCUUCCAGCACACGCCUUUCCGGACGACCAGUCUGCCACGGUCACUGAAACACCAACCGCAACGCCAACCCAUGGCGUGUCCAUUUCUGGCCCCGCGGUCGCCGAAUUAGAGCCCAUCCCCGAAGAAUCCAGUUCUGUUCCACCAGCCGUUGUUAACGAAGAAGAUCGACGCCGACAAGAAAAUCGACAGAAGGUCGCCAAUGCGAGGCGAGCGGCGGAAGAAACGGAAGACGAAUUCACUCAAACUCGCCACGUGGAGCAUCAGGACCUCUUCGUCAAUGAAUCGGAUGAAGAGCCAGCUCCGGAGGCCGUGAUGAUUGCACCAUCAGAGCGACACGCAGGUCCUGGUAUUCCUCCACAGGGUCCUUCCGACGCGGUUGUGCAAGAAGCUUCGCCGCACGCUGGCGUGGCUCGUCCCGUAGAUGUAGCCAUUGCGCCGCGACCUCCUAUCCCUACUGCGCGGAGAAAAUCGAGGCCCGUCGGCAUUAAUCAGGCCCGGAAAUCAGCCAUUGGGGCGCGCAACACGGCCAAGCGGCGUAGAGCCGCAGGCGACGUGUCCCUCAUCGCAGCGCGACGUCAGACCCAACUCGACCUCGUUUCCACCAUGUCUUUGCGGCCAGACGACGGUGGACACGACUCCGGUGCCACUGCGGAGACAUCGACUACCGCCACUGGUCUUUCUCGGCUCUGGCGACGGCGAAAAAACCCACGCGCCGACCCAGCAUCCUCACGGCGUCCCGACCCGGCACCGAUUCCCGAACCCGCCCGGCCCGCACCUCCUCCGCUGAGCGACCAUGAACCAGACAGCAUCAUCUUCCGGGUCUGGCGCGGAGGCGAAUGGAGAGAAAUCCAGCGCGUUGCGAUCGACCCAUCCGACGCCUUCGGGGUCGCGCGGGUGGCCAAACGAUACGAACGGGACGAGUAUGCGAUGCACCACGACAAGGCCAUGCGCAACAUCAAGGCGGCCCAAUGCCUCCGGGCGGCUCAAGACGACGGGAAGAAUUCGAUCUUCAUGAUCUUUCGCAACAGCCCUGUCGAUCCCAUCAUUAUUACUCCGGCCAUGGUGACGGCGGCGGAUGCGGUGACUGCGAGGAAUUCAGACACCGCCGAGCCAUGUCUCAAGGUAAUUCAUCGGAAAGCCGAGAAAUGGGCACUACAGCAUGGAUCACAAUUCGCGCCAGCAAAGUACGAACUUGUGCACUUUUCGAGGGAUCCCAAGGCCAACACCACGCACUCCCUUCGCCUACCACACGCCACUAUCAAGGCCUCACCAUCUUGUCGAUAUCUAGGCGUUCAAAUGGACUCCAGGCUACGCUGGGACUUUCAUCGUGAAGUAGUCGAAGCCAAAGCCACCAAACGACUGUCAGCUCUGUCAGCCCUAGCAUCAUCGACAUGGGGUACCGGAGUAAUCAACCUCCGCCAAGUAUACAAAGCGAUGAUUAUACCCCAAAUGCUAUACGGCUGCUCUGCUUGGCAUACCCUCGGAAAGAAAGAAAAAGGAAGAGGCAGAGCCAUGGUUGCUGCAAUCUCUCGGAUCCAAAGACGCGCAGCACAAAUUAUCACUGGAGCCUUUCGGACAACUGCAGGUGCGGCCGUCGAUAUAGAAGCACAACUACUCCCGCCAAUACAACAGCUCGAACAAACAGCACUCGAAGCCGCGAUGCGCAUCAGGACCACCCCCCUCUACGCAGAGAUGGCCCCACCCCAUAACGGAAACACCACCCACAGCCCUCUCAACCAACUUUCCAGCAUCCUAGAGAGUAAGUUCAACAUCAAGCUUGAUCAGUUAGAGAAGCGACAACCGCACAUUGUACCGCCGUGGUGGACUCCGCCGUACACCCGCAUCGCCGAAUCUCCAGAAGCCGCAGUGAAAGAACAUAACGCAACAGAACGAACAACACUAAGUAUAUAUACCGAUGGCAGUGGCAUCGACGAACGCGUAGGGGCUGCUGCAAUAGCACCUAUGCUCCAGUUUCGAGAUAUACAGACAAAGAGGACAGAAUACAUGGGUGCAUCGACCACUUCCACGGUACGAACACGCCUGGAAAAUGUGUGGUCUUUACCGACAAUCAAGCCGCCAUUCAAGCAAUGGCCAACCCGAAAUGUCCCUCGGGACAGUAUAUCCUAG